AGUAGUAUUCCAUGGCGUAGAUGUACUGUACUUUCUUUAUCCAUUCCUCUUUCACUGGGCAUCUGGGUUGUUAGAAUACUCUUUUAAGUGUCCUACAUGUUUGGAAGAUUUUAAAGUUUAUGUAUUGUGGGCUUGGUUCUGUUGUUCCUGUUAUGAUUUUUAACAGUAUGUUGAAACGAGUAACCAAAUGUCUUUUUUGUUGUUGUUUCUAUGUCUUGCAUAGUGCUAAGGCCAGUUCUUGGGUUGGCACGGGCAGAAAAGUGAAAAUGAGGAUGCUCCACUUCACCCAGUGCCAGUGGCUGAAGCGGAUAGCAUGGGGAUGUUUUUCCAAUGUGCAAGUCAAAACAAGUCGACACACACAACUGCUUCUCUCAAGAUCCCUGCUGCUGGCAGAACCUGGGAAGUCAUGGCAUUCCACACAUUCUCUUGUGGGAAACAAAAACAUUGUCCUAAUGGGACCUCCUGGGGCCGGAAAGACAACCGUGGGCAGAAUAAUUGGUCAGAGGCUAGGGUGUUGUGUCAUAGAUGUGGACGAUGACAUCCUCGAGAAAACCUGGAACAUGAGUGUGUCUGAGAAACUGCAGGAUGUGGGUAAUGAGCGGUUUUUAGAAGAGGAGGGAAAAGCUGUGUUAAGCCUCUCUGCCUCUGGAAGUGUGAUUUCCCUGACCGGGUCCAAUCCCAUGCAUGAUGCCAGCAUGUGGCACCUGAAGAAAAACGGGAUAGUUGUGUACCUGGAUGUGCCGCUCCUAGAUAUCCUUAGCCGUCUGAAGUUACUGAGGAUCGAUCGGAUCGUGGGUCAGGAUUCUGGGAUGUCCAUGAAAGACUUGCUGCAGUUUCGCAGGCAGUACUACAAGAAGUGGUAUGACACCCGUGUGUUCUGUGAAAGUGAGGCCACCCCGGAGGAGGUUGCCGAUAAAGUGCUAAAUGCAGUGCAAAGGUACCAAGAAACAGACUCAGAACCCUUCAUCUCCACAAGGCAUAUUGGUCCCAGAGAUGGCGAGCAGGGGUCAGCAAAGUUCUUCAGCGAAGCUGUGGUUGAGGGGUUAGCACCUGAUGGUGGACUCUUCGUCCCAGAAAAGGCUUUCCCAAUGCUGAGCAGUGGAGAGUGGAGAAGACUGGUGGGAGCCAGUUACAUGGAGAGAGCUCAGAUCCUUCUGGAAAGGUGUAUCCAUCCCAUGGAUAUCCCUGCCGCCAGACUGGGAGAGAUGAUUGAGACCGCCUAUGGGGCCAGCUUCGCCUGCACCAAGGUUGCCCCCAUCCGGCACCUUGUGGGCAACCAAUUCCUCCUGGAGCUGUUCCACGGGCCCACGGGCUCCUUCAAGGACCUUUCUCUGCAACUCAUGCCACAUCUGUUUGCUCACUGCAUCCCACCUGGCUGCAACUACAUGAUUCUGGUAGCAACCUCAGGAGACACUGGGAGUGCAGUCCUGGAUGGUUUCAGUCGUCUUAGUAAGAGUGACCAACAGAGAAUAGGUGUGGUCACAUUUUUCCCUGAGGGGGGAGUAAGUGACUUUCAGAAAGCACAAAUCAUUGGCAGUCAGCGGGAAAAUGGGUGGGCAGUGGGAGUGCAGUCAGAUUUUGAUUUUUGCCAGACGGCCGUCAAAAGAAUGUUUAAUGAUUCAGAUUUUACUGGCUUUCUCACUGUGGAAUACGGAACAAUGUUAAGCUCGGCCAAUUCCAUAAACUGGGGCCGACUGCUCCCCCAGGUCGUCUAUCAUGCCUCAGCGUACUUGGACCUUGUUAGCCAAGGAUUCAUCACCUUCGGAAGCCCUGUUGACGUCUGUAUCCCCACAGGAAACUUCGGCAACUUGUUGGCAGCUGUGUAUGCCAAAAAGAUGGGGCUCCCCAUCCGGAAGUUUAUCUGUGCCUCUAAUCAGAACCACGUUCUGACUGAUUUCAUCAGAACCGGACAUUAUGACCUGCGGGAAAGGAAGCUGGCGCAAACCUUCUCUCCCUCAAUUGACAUUCUCAAGUCUUCAAAUCUGGAGCGCCAUUUACACUUGAUGGCUAAUAAAGAUGGGCAACUGAUGACAAAGUUAUUCAGCCAGUUGGAAAAGCAGCAUCACUUCCAGAUAGAAGAGAUGCUGAUGAAGAAACUUCAGCAGGACUUUGUGGCCGACUGGUGCUCCGAGGAGGAGUGCCUGGCGGCCAUCGGCUCGACCUAUGCCUCCUCGGGCUACAUCCUGGACCCACACACUGCUGUUGCAAAGGUGGUUGCUGACAGACUACAGGACAAAACUUGCCCAGUGAUCAUUGCCUCCACGGCCCAUUACUCCAAGUUCACACCCGCUAUCCUGCAGGCUCUGAAGAUUAAAGGCAUCAACCAUUCUUCAUCGAGCCAGCUUUAUUUGCUGGGUUCCUACAAUGCAUUACCUCCCCCACACGAGGCACUGUUAGCCAGAAUGAAGCAGCAGGAGAAAGGAGAAUAUCAGGUCUGUGCAGCUGACGUGGAGGUCCUCAAGGGUUACGUGGAGGAAAGAAUCCAGCAUCAGUUCAUGUGAAAGUUU